CAUUUUACAUGUAUUCAAAAGCAUAUUUGAAGAUCAAUAAAAUCAUUUCUGAGACAGAUUAUUAAUAGAAACGACAGGCAGCAGACACAAGAUCGCGGAGAAAGCCGAGCAGCAACGAGGCGCCCUCGCUGAAUAACGUUCAACACUUCAUCCCCGACAGGUGUUCGGAGUCAUCGUUCCCACGCGCGACAAAUCCGGAGGAGCUUAUUUCGUCGUAUAAAUGGCUGAGAUGGCCGGAGUAGCUCCCGCCACGGCGGCGGCUGCCCCCGAUCCGGACGGCUUUGACGGAGUUCGCAUGACCUGGAACGCCUGGCCUCGAUCCAAGAUUGAAGCGAGCAAGUGCGUGAUCCCUGUCGCUGCAUCGAUCGCCCCGAUCCGCUCCUUUCCGGACCUUGUCGUCCUUCCCUAUUCCCCUCUCCGCUGCAAGAGUCCUUGCUCAGCCGUCCUCAACCCUUUUUGCCGUGUCGAUUUCCCCUCCAAAAUAUGGAUCUGUCCCUUCUGCUUCUCUCGAAACCAUUUUCCACAGCACUAUGCGGCCAUCUCCGAGACCAAUGUUCCCGGCGAGCUCUACCCACAGUGUUCCACCGUUGAGUACGCCGGCCCUCCGCUUGUUUCAGGCGGUGGACAAUCGGCGGCGCCGAUGGCGCCCACGCCGCCGCCCCCCAUUUUUCUCUUCAUCCUCGAUACAUGCGUGAUCGAGGAGGAGUUAGGAUUCGUCAAGUCGGCCAUGCGGCGUGCAAUCGGACUUCUCCCGGAGAAUGCUCUUGUCGGGCUCAUCACCUAUGGCACCCAGGUCUAUCUCCACGAGCUCGGAUUCUCUGAUCUUUCCAAGCUGUACGUCUUUCGGGGGACUAAGGACAUCUCCAAGGAGCAGAUUCUUGAUCAGCUAGGGCUCUCGGCAGCGGGGAGGUCACCGGCUCCAGGUUUCCCGAAGGGUGGAAUGCCUCAGGCGAAUGGAUUGCAUCCCGCAGCGUCAGUCAACAGGUUUUUGCUGCCGGCAUCUGAUUGCGAGUAUACACUUAAUGCUUUGUUAGACGAGCUGCAAACAGAUCAAUGGCCUGUGGAGGCUGGGAACAGAGCUCGGAGGUGCACUGGUGUUGCUUUGAGUGUUGCAGCUGGAUUGCUGGGCGCAUGCUUGCCUGGUACUGGGGCAAGAAUAAUAGCUUUGGUCGGAGGGCCGUGCACAGAGGGCCCUGGAAUGAUUGUUUCCAAAGAUUUAUCAGAGCCAGUUAGAUCACACAAAGAUCUGGAUAAAGAUGCUGCUCCUCAUUACCAUAAGGCUGUUAAAUUUUAUGACAAUCUGUCCAAGCAGCUCGUUAAUCAGGGCCAUGUUUUAGAUCUAUUUGCUUCUGCACUUGAUCAGGUUGGCAUUGCGGAGAUGAAAGUUGCUAUUGAAAGGACUGGUGGACUUGUUGUCCUUGCUGAAAGCUUUGGGCAUCCAGUGUUUAAGGAUUCUUUUAAAAGAAUAUUUGAAAGUGGUGAACAGUCUCUUGGCCUCUCUUUCAAUGGGACGCAUGAGAUCUACUGUUCAAAAGAAAUUAAAAUUCAGGGUAUUAUUGGACCUUGCACAUCUUUGGAGAAGAAAGGAGCUUUGUGUUCAGAUACGGUGAUUGGUCAAGGAAAUACAACUGCAUGGAAAAUAUGCGGUCUUGAUAGGAGCACUUGUUUGACUGUCUUUUUUGACAUAUCACCAAGUGAGCGAUCAAACCAAUCAGGAAUCCCAAAUCCUCAAUUGUAUAUACAAUUCUUAACAAACUAUCAGAAUCCUGAAGGUGAGAUUAGGCUACGAGUUACAACCAUCACUAGAAGAUGGGUAGAAGGAUCUGCAAAUACAGCGGAACUGGUUGAUGGGUUUGAUCAGGAAACUGCUGCUGUUGUAUUGGCCAGAUAUGUGACAUUUAAGAUGGAGAUGGAGGAAGAAUUUGAUGCAAUGCGAUACUUGGAUAGAUCACUCAUCCGGAUUUGCUCGCGUUUUGGUGACUAUCAGAAAGAUGAUCCUAAUUCAUUUAUUAUAAAUCCUAAUUUUUCAAUAUUUCCUCAGUUUAUUUUUAACUUGAGGCGGUCACAGUUUGUACAGGUUUUUAAUAAUAGCCCUGAUGAGACUGCAUAUUUCCGCAUUUUGUUGAACCGAGAAAGCAUUGCAAAUUCAGUUGUUAUGAUUCAGCCUUCACUGAUAUCAUACUCUUUUAACGCACCACCUUCACCUACUUUGUUGGAUGUUGCAUCUAUAGCACCAGACCGCAUACUCUUACUAGAUGCAUAUUUCAGCAUAGUUAUUUUUCAUGGCACGACAAUUGCUCAGUGGCGCAAUAUGGGCUACCAAAACCAGCCAGAGCAUCAGGCUUUCGCUCUUCUAUUGCAAGCUCCACAUGAUGAUGCCCAAAUGAUAAUAAGUGAUAGAUUUCCAGUCGCAAGAUUAGUUGUUUGUGAUCAGCAUGGCUCUCAGGCAAGAUUUCUUUUAGCUAAGCUGAACCCAUCAGCCACAUAUAACUCCGCGCAUGAUGUCGCUCCCGGCUCGGAUAUUAUCUUUACAGAUGAUGUGAGUCUUCAAGUUUUCUGUGAGCAUCUCCAGAGGCUGGCUGUGCAGUCAUGAAACAUAUUUAUGCACCAUUGCCCCCCAAACUCCUACGCUGCUUCAGAUUAUCAUACCUGGUUUGGAUGAUACUCCUAGUAGCCUUCAGUUUCAUACAGUUGUUUGUAGUCCAUUCCACCGUUUAUCCAUAUUAAAUAUAACUAAUAAGCUACGUUUGCAUUAAAUUUUUUUUUUUUUGGGGGGUGGAAUGAAAAAUGAGGGUUGGCGAAUAGCGUUAUUUCAGGCAUGUAUUUAUGUUGCAGGGAUUAUAUUGCUGUUAGACAUUUUGCAUAGUUUGGCAUAGGGAAUAUAAUAAAUAAUUUU